AUGCAAGAAGUUGGUGGAAAAAAUUCUGAGGAAUGUAUCGGUCAAGUGCCAGCUUUUUUGGAUCAUAUAGCAGCUAGCAUGCAUGAAAUGGGAUAUUCAACUGGUCGUGCCUAUUUGGAUCUUGAAUUUGAUCUACCUGAAAGUUACAAUGCUCUUGGUUCAUUAUUUUUCAUUAAUGAUGUAACAUUACCGCGAAUACGACAAUAUGACUUUAUGACGAAGGAAUUUGUUACAUUGGAAAAAGUUUUCGAAUCAUAUGAUCGUGGUUUACUGAAGUGUCGAAUGUUGCGUAAAGCUAAAUUUCCAAAAGAUUUCUGGCCAACUGUUAAAUGGAGCAGAAAAGGAUAUAUGCAUUGCCGAUUUCGUAUAGAUCAAACUGUGUUCGAUUUUGUCAAUGUACACUUAUUCCACGAUGAGUCCAACAUUGCUCUCAUACAUGAGAAUCCUGCACUCUAUAGUGAAAAUCGAAAACGAGCGUUAAAUUUCGUUUUGAAAGAAUUGAAACGGGUCAAUGAAGAUGAAAAUUAUUCAUAUCCGCUUUUCUUAUUUGGUGAUUUGAAUUUUCGGCUCGAUUUGCAAUCAUUUUUGAAUCGCAUAACAGACGAUACUGAUUUACGAGAAGAUUCAACAGAAUCAGCUCAAUCAAGCAUAUGCAAUACUGAUGGAUGCGGCGAUCUAUUAACACCUGGUUCGCCACAUACAAAUGAGCUUAAACCAUUAACAAGUUUUAGAAGAACUGUAUCAGCGAUUGAAUUCCGACGAUCACCUGAUAAUUUUACUAGUGAUAUUCCAACCAGCUGUGUACUUCGGAUUGAAAAGAAACUCUUCGAUUAUUUUAAUCACAAGCGAUUAUUAAAUGAAUGGCAAGGUUAUUUGGAAGAUGAUCGAGAAGUACAUAAUUUCCCAUACUUGCGUGAACUUAGCAUCAAUUUUCCACCUACAUAUCCAUGGAGUGAAAAUCCGGAUGAAUCGGAAUCGUUGAUGAAGACACGUGCGCCAGCAUGGUGUGAUCGUGUGCUCAUGAAUGCACGAGCUUUAGAAAUGGUUAAACGAGAUGAAUUUGCCAAAUAUGAUAGUUUUGGGAAAGAUGUAUGCAUGGGCGAUCAUAAAGUUAAUAUUUCUUUUGUCUUAUUUUCGUUUUAA